AUGCGCUCUUGGAUGCAGAUUCCAGCCUUGGCCCUUGCUGCCUCCACUGCAACAUGGCUACUCUUAGCACUUCUUGGGACAAGACCUGCAAGCGAACAGAGUGUUCACGAACUUUUGCCGCAGGCAUCGCCCCUGGUGUCAGUCUCAACUGUACCCCUCCAAUCAUCAAUGCGGAUUGACCGCACCUCUCAGUCGCCCAAGAUCAGCCUGCAUGGGAGGAAUUUGGUACUAGCAGGAGAUUCCAACGAUGAGCGCUUCUUUCGCUUCUUCUGCAGGCGCCUCACGGGCAUCUUUGAUUCCAUACAGUACAUCAGUGAGAUCGUUAGUCCUCUUGCGGGCGAAUAUCAUGGCAGGAUAAGAUGGCCGGGUGCUGCCCGCAUCAUGGCUUGCCAUGAUAGCGGACGAAACAUCAGCGCAAUUUUCCUGUUCCAUCAAGGUCUCUACAGCCUUCCCCCCCAGCCCGAGUGGUAUGCUGGUUUCGCCAAGCGCAGGCUGCAAUCCCACUACCUGGCAGUCGAGGGCAAGCAGCGCAUUAUCCCAACAACAGACCAAGCGCUCUUCAUUUGGCCGCAGGUCGUUCGUCAACUGCUCCCUCAAAGAGAAAACAUACUGCUUUUUCAGUCUUCCAUGUGGGAUUCUUUUGCUGUCCUGGAGGGAAUUACUGGCACACGUGUGUCACAGAUGACAGAGGCUCACGAACAGAUGACAGUGGCUGCCCGAUUGUCCAGAAGAAAUCUUACAGAUUGGGGAUGGCUAGACAGAGCAGCAGCAUCUCUAAGCGCUUUUCGUCAAGGUUUCCAAGAGAAUGGCCUUGAGGUGGCCGCCGUGCUGUGGCGUACGAAUGCCAACUGUCCGCAACGCGUCAGCGAAGGCUCUGCGAUUGCGAUCCCGCUAAAUGGCCUGUAUGCCGAAGCUGUCCAAGAAGCCCGGGGCCGGUUAAACAUCACCUGCACAGCUGACUUGCUCAAACAUUUUGAUGUUCAACGUCCAGAUCAAUGCGACAAGCAUCAUGUUACCACGCCAGGACACGAAGCAUACUGGAUAGCCCUGAGUGAUUGCGUGCUCCUGCCAGAGAUCACA